GCAUGCAUUGUUUUGGUCGAAUUUUAAUUAAAAAAAAUCAACACUCAUGAAAAAAAUGAUUAAUUCUUUUUUGAAUUCAUGGAAAAAAUCAUUUGGCUCGUUAAUCUUUCGAACCAAUCGAGAUCUACAUUUGUUGGCUGUAAGUAACAAGGAUCAAAAAUUGAAUCUAACAUCGCAAUUAUACGAGAAUGCUCGAGAAUUCAAAGUGGUUAGUGUCGAUCAAUUUCAAAUGUUAUUCAAAAUCAAUCCGGAACGUAAAACUCAGAUCGAAGAAAUCCUGAACAUCUAUGAGCUAGAAAAGUACACGACUCAACAGGUACCAUCGGUUCUGUCUAUGAACGAUAUGAAAAAACUGUUGACCACAUACCAUGAUGAGAAGGAACUACGUAAGAUGAUCAAAUUUUUCUACACUCGUGAAUGUGAUAAAUUCAAUUCAUACAAGAAAAAAUUCUACAAAAAGCAAGAAAUUCAAGAAAAGAAACGAGAAAAAUAUGGUGAUAACGAUGACUGGGAACAUGGAAUAUUCGACAGACAAGGCCAGCUAGUUUAUGGUUUAUGGCACAAUUCCUUACUAUCUCGCAUAACGAAACAAGCUGUACGUGAUUAUCGUAACAAUCACUUUUUACGACAUACGUGCUUGUUUGGACAGAAAUUGAUUGUCGAUUUGGAUUAUGAUCAAUACAUGAAACCGUCAGAGAUUGGCUUGCUGGCCAAACAGAUUUCCAUAAUGUUUUAUGAGAAUCGUAUCAAUCGUGAUUAUCCUGAAUCAUUAUCCUAUGACGUACAUUUCACCAAUUGUCGUGCUGGCGACCAUACUGUGUAUGAAUUAUCGCGGCAUAUAAAACGAAUGGACGAUUUAAAACAACAUUACUUUCACCUGGAAAGUUAUCUCAGUCGUCCGGAUCUAUUUCCUAAGAAUAAAUUGGUCUACCUAAGUCCACAUGCUAAACUUUCACUUAAACGAUAUGAUCACGAUGACAUCUAUAUACUAGGUGGUUAUAAUGAUCGAAGUUCUCAUCGACAAGUUUCACAUGUGAAAGCCCAAUCGGAAGGUAUUCGAUGCUAUCGCUUGCCAUUAGAUGAGAAUGUUCUAUGGAAACAAGGAGAUAAGAAUCUAUGCCUAAAUCAAGUGGCAGCAAUCUUACAUGCAGUCAAAGCUACCGGUGAUUGGCAAUUGGCUAUCCGGAAAUUCGCUCCACAACGUAAAGUCCGUUCGAUGGAAGAACAACAUCUAGAGGAUCAGAUUCGAAUGAAAGCUAUCGCCAAACGGCUUCAUCGAAUUGAACGUAGUUAUCGAUUUGUUCAAUAAUAAACACAUAUAAAUAAUAAUAAACACAUUUAUUUUUAUUAUUUA